GAAUUCAGUAGCACCAAGUGUAAGACAGUAUGACUAUGACCAAGACCGGCAGUGGCGUGACCGCGUGAGCCAGCACUUCAUAAGGCCGACCACCGUGUACCAGACAAAGCAGCCGUUGCUCUCCUGGUGCCAUAUCAUACUGCGUGGCCUCUCAAGUCCAGUCCUCCAUCCAUGGCGGCCGCCGGGGCGUGGGAGUACAAGAACGAGCCGGCGAGGCCCCUGGCGGUGCCUUCCCCGACGGUCUACCCGGCGUCGGCGUCGGUCCACGACGACGCCGAGGCGGCGGAGGCGGACGCCGCCGCCGGGUCGCGGUCCACGCCGUACCUCCGCAAGCGCGCGCUCUGCUGCGGCGGCUGCUGCUUGACCACCGUCGUGGUCAUCGGCGUCGUCAUCCUGGUGCUCGCGCUCACCGUGUUCAAGGUCAAGGAGCCGCGCCUGACCGUGAACAACGUCUGGCUCACGGCCAUCAGCGCCGCGCCCGGGUCCAUCCCCGCGCCCGGCACCGGGACGAUCCCCGCGCCGGUGGCCACCAACGCGACGCUCACCGCCGACGUCUCCAUCGAGAACCCCAACGCGGCGGCGUUCAAGUUCUCGGAGACGGAGACGGACGUCUACUACAAGGGGCAGACGGUGAGCGUGGUGUUCGCGCCCGCCGGCCGCGUCGGCGCCCACGGGACCGACCGGAUGAACGUCACGGUCGACCUCCUCGCCGACAGGCUCGCCCGCGUGAUGAACGGCACCGGCCUGGUGUUCGGCCAGGAGUACGACUUCGACACCUACACGGAGAUCAACGGGACGGUCAAUGUGCUCGGGAUCAUCAAGAAGGACAUCGAGAUCAAGCUCAACUGCACCGUCGUCGUCCAGGUUGGGGGAGCGGCUGCCGCGCUGGAGUAUGGCGUUGCGUCCACCGUGCAGAGCAAGAGCAUCAAUUGUUUAGCAGAUGUCACCAUGUGAGUCGGUUCACAGAGUAGCGAGCCAUUUCCCCAUAUCGUUUGUGGGUGGCCGAUCUCUAACUUUUAUUUUUACGUUUCCACAUGUUUAAAUAAAAAAAAUGAUGUCGUAUAGUACAUAUGAAUAGGCUUACCUUCCUUAAUUUUCUAUUUCCUUCCUUUUCAUCUGUUCAGGACAGUUCUUGACCUGUAUUUAGGCUGUCCGGAAUACCAUACAUGUUACGAUAAUGCAGAUUAAGCAAA